CCUUGACACCACUUACAUGAAACCAUGUUGGCAGAUUAUUCUCUCUUUUACUUACAUUUUGACAAACUAGCGACUGAAGUCUCUCAUAUCAGAGCUGAUAUCAAUGCAUAUUUCUCCUUGCAGUCGGCGAGAACGCAAUUUAAUAGUCAAGCAGACGAAAGCGGAGUUCCGCGCGAGCGACUGACAUGGAAUCAACUUGAGGAAAGGCUGACUUCUGUGAUUCAAAAGCUUGAGUCGAUGGCAAACAAUAUAGCUGAUUCACCGAACUCAUCUCCACCAUGUAUUGAGCGACAACCAGACAGCCAGAUGCCACAGCAAGAGGUACAGAUGGAGAAUGCCGAAGAGCAAAGGAAUGUACAACCAGAAGAAGCUAUCCGCCUUUCCGCAGCGUCCCAAGAUAACGCCACUGAGCUGACGCCGCUGUUGGCCAACUCAGCUUCGGAGAAGCAAACCGAGAGCCAAGUCAGGAGCGCGGUUAGAGACAUCAGUGAUGGGGAUGUCCAGCCAGCGCAGCCCUCCUCCAUCCCGGGGCCAGGCCAAGACGGCGCCGGGGUGUCUGACCGGCCCUCGCCCAUAGCCCCAGAAGUUACAAAUUUCAGUCGAGGUUCAACCGGGAGUAAGUCGACACCAUCACCAAUACCACCCACCGAUGCAUCAUCUCCGAUAUUGUCUGUCGAAGACAUGGGGGAACGGCUUGUCUCCAAGCUUGCGGAUCUAGACAGAUGCCAUGCCCCCCAGAAGAUGAAAGUUCCGAUUCUCAAUGUUGACCUUGCCGAGAUGAAAAACCAUAUAUGCAUGGACGAUGAAGGAUGGCAAUACACAAGCAUCAAAUACCAAGCAGGUCCCAAAGGCAAAGGCUAUGCCAUGGCAUAUAUCUCAACUGACGAGCCUAAGCCUGAGCUGGACUGGUCGGCCUUUAGAGCAACAAUACGCAGGCCGACGGUAGCAGAAAGCAAGGAGAUCUUCGAGAACACUGUCAAGAACCCACCAGCUGGUGACAUCCCUUACUUCAACGGUCACGCGGAAUUCCCCUCGGUCAAGCCACUUGAUCCAGGAAAACGAAUCAAGAACAUUCCGACAAUCAAGGAUCUACACAGCCAAUACGAUCAUAUCAGUACAGGCCCUUCUGCCAACCGCAUACAUUGCGAAAACAUGACCUACCGUGUUGGUUCUACCCACUAUGGCUUUCGAUCUUUCAAUGAGGUUUAUGCAGGACCAGGGUUCAAGGUAUGGCUGGUCAUUUCACCACACCACAUUACCAAGUUCAAUGACUUCUUUACCGAAACUUUCAAGUGUGGGACCUGCGGUCAAAGAGUUGGGCAUAAGUCAGUGUUGAUCGCCCCCUCACGACUUGACAAAGAAGAGAUUGAUUACACUAUCGAGGUUAUUGGCCGGGGAGAGGCUUUCAGAACACUACCAGGACAGCAGCAUCAAAUAAUUAAUUAUGGUGCCUGCGUAGCUCGGUCGAUCAAUUACCUACACGAAGACGACAUGUUCGAGCCUGAAAACGUCACCUACUGCUGCCAAUGUGGUCUCGUCCAAUACUGUGAACAGUCUGGGGCUACUCUUGUCAAACCGCCUAGGACAUCUUUGGAACCACCAAAGCCUGUCAAGAGACAUCGCUCACAUAGCCUCCAUAAGCCGGCAACAACGCGAGCGUGCACGGAAACUGCUAAGCGGAUACGGGAAUGUAUCAACAAGACACAGACAGUAGACCCGUUAUGCAAUAUUCCCGAUUUUGGCAAGAGCAACACGGCGGUGGACAUUCUUUUGAUGGCCAUGUCGAUCAGAAGCAAAGUGGCAAUGGAUCAACUCUGCACUUUAACCCGUGAGCUACUGCUUCAACGGCAAUCGGGGACUGGAGAUAUGGCUGGAGAUAUGGAUGCCAACAAUGAGGAUAUCAUCGACAAGCAUGUUCGAUUUCUUCAACGGGCGCUCAGUGAGUCGGCGCUGGCCAAGUAUUCUGUGCGACGAGCUCAAGUUUGCUUAGCGAGAGAGGUUGACAGGAAAAAGGGGGAGGACGGACGCAGUCGUGCAAGUUCCACUGAUGUUCACGGGUGCGCCAAGCGACUGGGCAUGAGGAAUGUGGACUACCAUCUUCAAGAAGGAAGAAAAUGGAUUUCAGUGUGCGGUCAUUACAACGGGCUUCUACCUUUCAUUCUCCUGGGUUCCAAGGUGUCAGGGGCUGAAGUUGUGACAUGCUUUGGUGUUUCCACGAAGCGAUGGGAUGCACUUCGAGGUGACCGCCUUCAGGCAUUCCACCAACUCUUCUGCGAUCCGUUCUCUAAGCGUCUCAUUGAAGCUGCCCAGUCAACUUGACUACUUAGUCAGCGUCUUAGUACCAGCCUACCCUAUAACUUCACCUUCUGGCCCAUUUCCUAGGAAAUGACUUCAAUCGCAAUACGAGACACCGCCUGCAUCCAGCGACAAUAACUUGUUAGAUUCCUCAAAUUCCAAGUACUAAUAUAAAAUGUGAAGCUUCCAUUCCCUAUGGACGUUCCGCCUUGUGGUUCCAACCAGUGAUCAGGUUCUGGUCAAGAAAUGCUCCCAUGUCAUCACCCUCUUCAAACUUUGUGAGAUCAAUGAAGUCGACCGUUGCUUCCUUUGCCAUCAGACCCUCCGUUUGUGUUCGAGCCGACUCAUGGUGGCAAGCUUCAAUUUCCACAUCUGUCUGGCUGGCUUCCCUGUUUGUGAUCGGUGCGUGCUCAACCCGCGACGCAGCCUUUGACCUUCGGAUCGCGCGGUCGCUGCGGACUUUUUUUACGCCACCAUGUGCUCGUGUUCUCGGCCGUCGAUGAGAUCCCAGGCAACACCUAUGGCCCAGUCGAUAUGUUUUGGCAUAAUAGUCUGGGGGACAUUCUUUUCGAUGACACACUGCCAUAGUGCUUCGAUCGUCGUGCUGUCUGGUUACAUGGAAGCGUUUCAGCUCAGGAAUGAGGACUGCGAUGAUGUCGUCUGUCGAACUCAUGUUGGCAAUCAGCGGGCGAGCUAAGAUGAAAGAUAGAGCAGAAUGUGAGAUAAAUGAAAGGGGAGAAGAACUGGACUGCAGAGGCGGGGGGCAGGCUGCCUUUAAAUACCACUGGAUUGUCACGGGGUCACCAAUAUCAGAAGCACCGUAGGAGGUUACUGCAUGAUGCAUGCGUUGGCGGCAAACUAUGCCCGGUAGGGUUUAUCAUGUAGAUGGUUGAGAGGCUGAGCAUCUCUUUGAAUUGAUCUCUAACGAGCGUCUUAUAGCAACAAAUGAACCAAAAAUACUGAACCAAGCAUGUUAUCUUGGAUAGAACUGCAGAAAAGCUUGCU